CAGAGCUAAUUAAUUGUCAACCUCAGCACCUGUGCUCCUGUAAUGCAAUCUCACCUGGGAGCUCCUGCCACCUUCCAACCGUCAGCUCAUCUCCAGCAAAGCAAACAUUGAAAUGAGGGGCAGGGAAACAUCCAGUAUUGAUCUGUGCAGACCUUGACCGGCCAAAUAGGAGACAGAAAUCUCUCCCUCUCCCUCUCUCUGUGUGUCUUUUUUUAAUACUGAACUACGACAUUUUGUUUUCAGAGUCCACCAGGGCUUCUCACCAUGUGGCAACAGUAGAUUUAAUGACUGUGAGAAGAGAGGAGAAGCUGCAUCCACGCUCGACUGGGGAAAUACAGGCAUGGCUUUAGAAAAUGGAUCUGAGCAUCUGAAGGAUUUCUGUAAGAAUGUUUUCGAGAAGGCGACAGAGAAAAAAGACAAGAAGAAGGUUCCAAAAAUCAAGACUAUCCCUGAGGACCCAGAGAAGCCGAAUGGCCUUUUAUCAGAUAUCUUUUCAUUUAUCGCCCCUGUCCUGAUUGUUCUGCUUUUUGCAGGAGUUGCUGCUGUCGUCUGGUAUUUUGUAGAUUACAGACCCAAACAUCUGGAGCCUCGUUUUGCUUUGAUCUUCACUGGAAAGCUGAAAAUAAUCAACCGGGAGUUCACUUCAAGUCUCUCCAACCAAGACUCGAAUGUUUUCAUUGUUGAAGCAGGCAGAGUACAACACAUGAUCGAGAAGUUAUUCAAGUCAUCUGAUCUCUCGCAGAUCUUCAACACCACUAAGGUCUUUGCAUUUGGGGAAGGCAGCCUGGUGUCCUACUUCUGGUUGAUCUUAUCAGUGCCUGAGAGAAAGCGAGAGACUCUGACUGCGGAAUCACUCGCUGAGAGUCUACAGAGAACUCUACGUGCUAAUGGCACCUUAGGAGUGUCUGCUCAAGGGGACUACCUAGUGGACAUUGAGUCGUUCACCAUUAGUGAAUCAAGUUCAAAGAUCAUAGAUGCUUUGAAAGUUACCUCUGGGUGUUAUCGGCACAACUCUGUUGAUUCCAAGGCUCUCACGUCUCUAAAGGGACCGGAUUCCUCCCUUUCUACAUGCAUGUGGCUUAUCGAAGGACCACCAGCACAUCGGAUCAAGCUGCACUUGCAGUGGGCGCUGACAGAGUGUCGCGACCGCUUGGCUGUGUAUGAUGGCAUCAUACCAGAUGACAACAAGCUCAUCACAUCGCUUUAUGGCUGCAGCCGCCAGGAGCCCACAGUUGAUGUCCUGUCUUCACGUAAUUUUAUGAUUGUGAUCUGGAAACAGGGGAUGUACAGCUACUAUGACCCUUUCUUCUUGAGCGCAACUGCUGAGCCAAUCCUAGCUUGUGAGGCCAACAUCACCUUAAUGGAAGUGAAGGGCAUCCAGGGCAACAUCACAACUCCCAACUACCCCAGCUACUACCCACCUGACUCCAAGUGCACCUGGCACUUCACGGUGCCAUCUCUGGAUUAUGGACUCUCCCUCUCUUUCACUGGCUAUGAGUUAAGCAGACCCACAUAUAACCAACGCUGUAACCAGGGGCAGUGGCUCAUUCAGAACCGAAGGCUUUGUGGCACCGGAGUCAUUCAGCCUUACACGGAACGAAUUUUCAUGCUGUCUCAGUCCACCACAGUAGUAAUGACCUCCGAGAACUCACUGACCGGCCCAGGAAUUCAGGUCUUCUACAGUAUCUUCAAUCAAUCAGAUCCUUGUCCUGGUGAUUUCCUUUGCACAGUCAACGGCCUCUGUGUACCCGCAUGUGAUGGCAUUAAUGAUUGCCCUAACGGACUUGAUGAAAGAAACUGUGUGUGUGUAGGAAAAUAUCAAUGUCCAGGGGAUAGCCGGUGUCUGGAAUACUACAAGCUCUGUGACCAGCACAAUGACUGUUUAGAUGGCAAGGAUGAAUCCAACUGCUCUGAUGCCGUGCCGUGUACCCCGUCCACUUAUAGAUGUGCCGAUGGCAGCUGCAUCAAGAAAGCCAAUCCAGAAUGUGACUUUGUAACUGACUGCCAUGAUUAUUCUGAUGAGAAACAGUGUGAUUGUGGACUGCAGCGGACAUCUCCUCGGAUUAUGGGAGGAACAGAGGCAUUGGAAGGGGAAUGGCCAUGGCAGGCAAGCCUCCAGGUCAGAGGACAGCACCUGUGUGCCGGUGCUUUGAUCUCAGACCAGUGGAUUGUCUCUGUUGCACACUGUUUUCAGGAUGACAGACUUGCUUCUCCAUCAACUUGGACUGUUUAUCUGGGGAAGUUCAGGCUGCGAAGCAACAGUCCACUGGAAUCCUCUUUUAAAGUGCUCCGCAUUGUGACUCAUCACUACUACGACAUGGAGACCCAAGAUUAUGACAUUGCUCUGCUACAACUGGACAGGCCAGUCCCCACUACCACCCUCGCCGUGCCCAUCUGCCUGCCAGCCCAGACUCAUGUGUUUGACCCAGGAUUUAAGUGCUGGGUGACUGGAUGGGGCUCUACAAGAGAGGGCGGAGAAAUGAGUAACAUCUUGCAGAAGGUUAAUGUAUCACUUAUCACUCAAGAAAUCUGUAACCAAUCAUACCGUUACAAGAUCACUCCAAGAAUGCUUUGUGCAGGUUACCUUGGUGGAAAGAAGGAUGCAUGCCAGGGGGAUUCUGGAGGUCCUCUGGUAUGUAAGGAACCGAGUGGCCGCUGGUUUCUUGUCGGCCUUGUCAGCUGGGGCGUAGGCUGUGGCAGGCCUUUCUACUAUGGAGUGUACACCCGUGUCACCAGACUAAUACCCUGGAUCAGGGAAGUCAUCUUGUGAACAGAGGUGUUAGACACUUCUUUGUAGCUCGACAGAUUCUACGUACUUUUCAUAAAACGAUCACCUCGAAAGUAAUGCUUUUUCAGAAAUGAAUUUUUCACAUUGAAUGCUGUGUGUUGAAUCAGACAUUUGGCUUUACAUGUACACUUUGGCAUGCACCAUUAAAAAGCCUUUAAAAGGAAUAACAAGCAUUACUUUUUAGGUGACCCUUGAACUCUGUACAGUUUUUUAGCAUUGUUCCUUAGCAUUGUAACGUUUAUACAAUUUAUUAUUUCUGGCACUCCUUUAGAAUGAGUGUCCAAGAGCUGAGAGGAAAUAUUUUAGACUUUUUUCCCUCAGAAUUCCUGUAGAAAAUGAGGGCUAUCAUGUUUAAUCUGGGCAGGUCGGGUUAUUUAAUGUAAAGCCACUAAUUUGCUAGUCUGCUUUUUGUUUGCACUAAAGUUCUUUUUUUAUGUCCUGCAGAGGAGAAAGUGAAUGUAUAAAUUAAUUUUUGAAAAAUGUACAUGAUUAAAAUGUAUUUUCAUUGCAUUGCUUACAGUUAGUAAAAAUCCGCCAUUAUCAUAAAGUAAUUAUAGUCAAUAAAAUAUUAAAGCAAUAAAGAAAGCAUUCUGUUCUUUGCAUAAACA